ACCUUCAUUCCACUCUCAGCCACUAUACUCUAACUUCUUCAGAGUGACUCUUGGCCUCACUGUAGCUUCUCUCAUCAGUCUCUGUCUUGUUUUUGGACUGAGCUCUGAGGGACAGCUUUGUCUAGGUAGUGCUUGAGUUGUGUGAUUCAGCUUCCACUCCUUCACUAUUGAGCCAACAAUGCCAACCACUUACAUAGAAUUUUAUACACUAUUCCUAAGUUAUGAAAUUUUUUAACCUUAUCUUUAACUUCCUUAGAAAGCUCCUUACUUUUCAUUUUCACUUCCUUCAGACUGACAGUCUCCUCAAUAGCAGUUGAACUGAAGUAGUUUUUGUUCAGAAAAUGAGACCUGUUAAUAUUUCACAGAUAUUCACAUGCUUCACAGGUAAAGGCCAGAUAUAAUAUGUUUUUACUCUAAUGGAUUUUUAUUAUAAUUAUAUUAAUUUUGACCAUGCAUGUUUUCAUUUGUUAUAAAUAAAAUUCUGAUAAAUUCCAGGGGGCUUGAAUACUUUUGCAAGCCAAUGUAAAUUAUUGAACUAAAGUAGAUACUGCACUGUGAAAUGUAUUAAAAUGUAUGUACAAUGUCAAACUGAGAAACAAAUUUCCAUUCUGUUUUGUUUUUGUUUUGUUUUUUUUUGUUUUUUUAACAGAGCUAAACAAAGAUAAUGUAUAUGCAUAUGCAUUAUACAAAACUCUUGCAAAAGUUGAUUCUCCAUUGACUGUAGGCUUAUACUCAUCAUGCCACAGCAGGAUUAAAAUGAUUCUCACAAGCAUUGAAGGUCACAUGAAUGAUGAGGCAAAGAGAAAAAAGCAGAACAGUAACAGAAGCAGGUCCUCUAUUGGGAACCUGAUUUCACUAAUCUUUCGUCUCCUUUUCUAUCGACCUGUUUGGUCAGGAAAAAAAGAUAUGAAGAAAUGCAACCGUUAUGUGUUUGUAAGGUUUAGUGCUUGGCACUUUGCAGGCAGUGACAUGCUUUGGGCUGGCUUGGUAAUGCAGUUGUGUAAAGCUAUUCAGGACAGUUUUGGCAAGCUUCAGCUCAGCCUCUUCCGAGUAGCUCAGUAUGAUGAAGAAAAGGAUGGUAUGGAAAAGAAGACUGAAGAAAGCUCCAAUGACUGGAGGUCAAAGAAGAUCUGCUGCUGCCCACUAUGGGCCUUUGUCCUGAUGACACUGAUGGUUUGCCUCUUUAUUUUGGUACCAAUCUGUAUUUUAUCAUUUCCUGAAGUAAAGCCUCAAGGAGAUGGAGAUAACAACAAAGAGUAUGGAGUGAUCAACGGGUUUAUCAUUACAGUGCUAGGAAUCCCUGCAGUUGGAGCUAUGAGAUUUAUUUUCUUGCUGCUGAAGAACCUGAUCUUUAGCCAGGAUGUUAAUGUCAGAUAUGCCUUGGACAACAAGAAGAUCAGUGAGCAGUUAGGCUUAAUGCAUGAAGUUCGGAAGCAGAUGAGACUACUGUCAUGCUUUAUUUACUUCAUGGAGACUUUUGAGAGGCAAAAGAUAAAAGUGGUGCUGGAAAUCACCAAUUUGGACUGCUGCACACCAGCAAAAAUUGUUGGGGUCUUGGAUGCCAUUAACAUACUUCUUUCUGAUGAGGAAAGCCCAUUCAUUUCUCUAGUUGCAGUUGACCCAGAGGUUCUUACCCAAAAAAUAGAUCAGUCAAAGGAUUGCUUUAGUAAAAAGGACAGAGCUUAUGGCUUCCUGGACCGCAUAAUCACACUACCCUUCACAGUACCACCUUUAUGUGAGGUAUCAAAGUGCAAGGUCUUCAAAAAUAUUUUACUGGAUCAGUCUGAAAGGCCUUCUGACACACGAAGAGAUGAGGUUGGGAAUUUAUCUAGCAUAAAGACCUCCAUUUCUUCAGAAGCUGUCCCUUUCAUACAGAGCAGCCUUAAUGAUGAGGUUCAAUCCACUUCCCUGAGAGCAAGCAAUACCACAAAGAAAAAAGUGAAAAGUUUAAUCCAGGAAGCAUUUCAAAGCAUAUACUUAUCUGACAAAAAUAGGCUUCACACUUAUAUCUCAGAAAAUACUGUGUCUAUGAGGAGGGUCGCCAAUUCCACCAGGGUGUCCUUGACAGUCAUUAGGACUCUUAAUGUUGAAAGUCCCCCUCCUGAAAGAGUCACUGCUUGGGUUGUACUGGUAGACCGCUGGCCUUGUAGACUAAGUUGGAUACUUCAAUGUAUGGAAGAUGAACAUCAGGCUUUGCAUACUGUUCAAACCAUGGUUGACUAUGAUCCCAGCAGGACUCUAUGGAAUGUGUUCAGUGAGAAUAGUUUAGAGCUCCAUACAAUUAGGGAGAAGGUGGAGAAGUUCCUGGAAAGAGAUGAUGAUCCUGAGCUGUUUGAAACAUUUCUCAAAAAGGACUACAAAUUCACAGUCAUAGAGGCAGAUCAACUUAAACAAUAUACAGUUAACCUGGACUAUUCCAUCAAGAAUGAGUUCGCAAGGAUCAGACAAAUCAGCACUUUGAGAGCAAUAGGAAAAAAUACAUUCAACAAUUUGUCUCCAAACACUGUCCUCGAGCUGUCUGUGGAAGAUGUUUGUAAUGAGCUAUCCAGGCUGAAGCUCCCCGAAGCAUAUGCUGAGAUUGUAAAGCAAAAUGAUAUAAAUGGACAGACACUGCUUCUUUGUGACCCAGCUGAUCUGAGACAGGUCAUGCAAAUGACUCUUGGUGAAUGGACAGCUUUUAGGAUUCACUUUCUUGGAGACAUGUCAUAUUAUCAUCUGAGUGAAGCUAAGUCAGCACCAGCUGUCUCAAGUCCUAAUGCAAUUUACCCCUCUAGUAUGUGUAGUAGGAGCCAUAUGAAUCUUAUUUAAUAUUGUUCCUAUAUUGGCCAUUAUCAUUAAGCAAAGAAUUCUGGAUUUUUAUUAUUGAAAUCUUGUUAUUUACUUAUACAAUCUAGACAUGUAAGUUACAAAAAACCGAAGAGAUAUUAACCACUUUGCUUAUGUUAAAUAAUGUUGGCUCACCUUGUUCACUCUUAUGUUGCAACGUUAGCAGUCCAAUUCCUUGAUGGGAAAACUAAUGUGCUUCUAACCCCCAUGCUAUCAAAAUGUCAGGAAAAUAUAAUGUUUGACUUGUUUAACAUUAACAGGCAACAAGAUUAAGAAGAGAAAACAUAAACAUG